UUUGGUGACAUGUUUUUGUUCGUCAUCCAUGUUUUUUCGAGGUUGUUGCAUUGCUUGGAUAUAUAAAGAUUUGAAAUAUUUAGUAAUGACAAAACAACAAUACAAAUUACAAAUAUGAGAAAAUAGUAUUUAUGUGUGAUACCUGUGUAGAGUAUAACAGUAUACAAAAAUAAUAAGCAAAGUUACAUGUUUAAGUUUUAACACAAGCGUAAGCAAAAUCAACAGGCCCUCACGAUGGCCGCUGCAUUGACGGACGAAAAUGCAGAGAUUGAUUGGGGUAACGAAAGAUUAACUCGAGCUCAGAAAGCAGUUGAAGCAAAUGUGUAUGAUGUGGAUUCAUGGUCUUUACUCAUCAGGGAAGCCCAGACGAGGCCUAUUAAUGAUGUACGGACAAUGUAUGAAAGACUUAUUGGUGCAUUUCCAACAACAGGCCGGUUUUGGAAGAUAUAUAUUGAACAAGAGAUGAAGGCAAGAAAUUUUGAAAAAGUUGAAAAGCUGUUCCAGCGCUGCCUUAUGAAGAUCCUCAAUAUAGAGCUCUGGCGGUUAUAUUUAAACUACGUAAAAGAAACUAAAUGUAUGCUGCCUACAUACAAAGAAAAAAUGGCACAAGCUUAUGACUUUGCUCUUGAAAAAAUUGGUUUAGAUAUCCACGCUUACCCGAUCUGGAACGACUAUGUGACGUUCUUAAAGGCGGUAGAAGCGGUUGGCUCUUAUGCAGAAAAUCAGAAGAUUUCAGCUGUGAGGAAAGUGUACCAAAGAGCGGUUAUCACUCCGAUUAUAGGAAUUGAAACUUUAUGGAAGGAUUAUAUAGCUUUUGAACAAGGAAUCAAUACAAUUAUUGCCGAGCGUAUGGCAAUGGAGCGUUCUCGUGACUACAUGAACGCGCGGCGCGUGGCCAAGGAGCUGGAGACGGUGACGCGAGGUCUCAACAGGAACAUGCCUGCCACUCCCCCAACUGUAGAUAGGGAGGAAAUGAAACAGGUGGAACUCUGGAAGAAGUACAUAUCGUGGGAGAGAAGUAACCCUCUCCGGUCCGAGGACACGGCGCUGGUAGCCCGGCGUGUGAUGUUCGCCAUCGAGCAGUGUCUGCUCUGCCUCGCACACCACCCCGACGUUUGGCACCAGGCCGCGCAGUUCCUCGACCACUCCUCUAAACUGCUGCAGGAGAAAGGGGAUUCCAACGCAGCGCGUCUGUUCUCGGAGGAGGCGGCGGCGGUAUACGAGCGCGCGACCAGCGGCCCUCUCAAGCAGUCUACCUUGCUGCACUUCGCACACGCGGAUUACGAGGAAAGUCGACUGCAUUAUAAUAAGGUGCACCAAGUAUACACGAGAUACCUAGACAUGGAGGAUAUCGACCCCACGCUGGCGUACGUGCAGUACAUGAAGUUCGCCCGACGUGCUGAGGGUAUCAAGUCCGCCAGAACUGUAUUUAAACGUGCCAGAGAAGAUCCAAGAUCUCGUUACCACGUGUUCGUGUCGGCGGCGCUCAUGGAGUAUUAUUGCUCUAAAGACAAGAACAUCGCCUUCAGAAUAUUCGAACUCGGACUCAAGAAGUUCUCGCACAUUCCUGAAUAUGUCCUCUGUUAUAUCGAUUAUUUGUCACAUUUAAACGAGGACAACAACACUCGCGUACUAUUCGAGCGCGUGCUGUCUUCGGGUAGCCUCAAACCGGAGAGUUCUGUGGACAUAUGGAACAGAUUCUUGGAGUUUGAGUCCAAUAUAGGAGAUCUCGUUAGUAUCGUUAAAGUGGAGAAAAGAAGACAAGCGGUUUUAGAAAAGAUCAAAGAGUUCGAAGGCAAGGAGACGGCGCAGCUGGUGGACAGAUACAAGUUCCUCGACCUGUACCCCUGCAGCAUCGCGGAACUCAAGUCCAUCGGGUACACUGAGGUAGCAUCCAUGUCAAACAAAUCGUGGGCAUUGGGCGGCCCACUGGCCGGUAUAUCUCCGGAACUGGCUGCUGUUAUACUCGGACAGAAAGACAACGAUCCAAAUAAAGACAUCGUUCGUCCCGACGUUAACCAAAUGAUACCAUACAAGCCCAAAGUAAAUCCAUUGCCUGGAGAACAUCCUAUAUCAGGUGGUACGUUCCCGAUGCCGAGCCCGUGUGCGCACCUGUGUACGCUGAUGCCGCCGCCCGCCUGCUUCCGCGGACCAUUCGUAGCUGUGGACCGCCUCAUGCAGCUCUUCAACCGCAUCACGCUGCCCGACAAACCGCCCGCGCCCACACAAGAGAAUGGCUGCGACACGAAGCUGUUUGACUUAGCGCGUUCCGUGCACUGGAUAGUCGAUGAUGAAGGAAUAACUACUGUCUCUAAUAAGGUGAGAAGAAGAAAAAUCGGCGAAGAUUCAGAUGACGAUGACCUGGGCGUCGCGCCACCGGUCAACGACAUCUAUCGGCAGAGGCAACAAAAACGAGUUAAAUAAACCCCAGCAACUGGAUUAUAAAUAAUUGAAUAUAAUAUUCGUCUGACGAUUUUAUUAAGUCGAACUGUGAAUGAAUGUAUUCUGGAUUUUUUUUUACAAUAAAGUUAUUAAUUAAAUA